CAGCCGCUAUAGCACUUGUAUGUUGUGUUCCUGCCAAGGGAAAUUUUUAGUAAUUUCUAGAAAUCUUACAAUAAUGUUUAGUUAAUAACACUGUCGAGUAUAUUUUCGUAAUUAGUUUAUUUAGUUGUAAGAGUUGGUGAUGGUUUUCUAUGUCAAGGCACGUUAGUAACAUUGAGGACCGAAGUCCUGUGAAGAGGUUGGAAGAACCCCAAAUAUCGCCAAAAAAGUUGCGUUUGGAAAUAGAAAUUGAUGAAAACAUGAGUGACAAUUCGCCAGAACGGAAUAGAAGAGCAAAUUUUUCAAAUGUGAACGGCGUCAAUAGGAAUUUAAACAUCCAUUCUGUUAAGCCAACCACCAAAAAGCUUAUCAUAAAGAAUUUCAAAAGUGAACCAAAGCUUCCUGAGGAUUACCAUGAAACCACCUGGGAGAAGUUAAAGAGUGCUGUCAUUGCAAUUCAACAAUCAAAACCUAAUGAAUACUUGUUGGAAGAACUGUACCAAGCUGUUGGGAAUAUGUGUAGUCACAAGAUGUCCCAUAUUUUGUAUAACGGCUUGUCGCAUCUGAUUGAGGCACACGUCUGCAGCAAUAUAGAACGGUUCAUAACUGAGCCAAUGGACAGAUUUCUGUUCUUGAAAAAAAUGAAUGACACUUGGCAAUCUCACUGUAAUCAAAUGAUAAUGAUAAGAGGCAUAUUUCUGUAUCUUGACCGCACUUACGUUCUCCAAAACCCAAAUAUAUCCUCAAUUUGGGACAUGGGUUUAGAUUUAUUUCGUAAGUACUUCAUGUUACAUACCUUAGUCCAAACGCGUGUAGUGGAAGGUUUAUUGAUGUUAAUUGAAAAGGAAAGACAAGGAGAUAAAGUCGACAGGACUUUACUCAAAUCACUCUUACGUAUGCUAACUGAUUUACAAAUAUAUAACAAAGCUUUUGAACAAAAAUUUCUGCAAGCGACUGAACGCUUGUAUGCUGCUGAAGGCCAAAGGCUUAUGCAAGAACUCGAAGUGCCUGAAUUUUUGGCUCAUGUAGAUAAAAGAAUUCAUGAAGAAAACGAAAGGGUCAUUCAUUAUCUAGAUUGUAGUACAAAAUAUCAAUUAAUUCAUACUGUUGAAAAACAGUUGCUUAGUGAACAUAUUAAUAAUAUUCUCCAAAAGGGACUUGAUAACCUUCUUGAAGAGAACCGAUUACAUGAUUUGUCUCUACUCUACCAGCUCUUUAGUCGCGUUAAAAAUGGCCUUCAUGAAUUAUGUCUUGCUUUUAACGCUUUUAUUAAGAAAAAGGGUCGUACCAUUGUCAUUGAUCCAGAAAAAGAUAAAACAAUGGUUCAAGAAUUACUAGAUUUUAAGGACGCCAUGGAUAAUAUCGUCGCCUCCUGCUUCAAGAAAAAUGAAAUGUUUAGCAACUCACUCAAAGAAGCUUUUGAACACUUCAUCAACCAAAGGACUAACAAGCCUGCAGAACUCAUUGCAAAGUUCGUGGACUCAAAGCUUCGUGCUGGCAAUAAAGAGGCCACCGAAGAGGAGCUGGAGCGACUUUUGGACAAGAUAAUGGUCUUGUUUCGUUUUAUUCACGGCAAAGACGUGUUCGAGGCCUUCUAUAAAAAAGACUUAGCCAAAAGAUUGCUCGUGGGUAAAUCGGCGAGUGUAGAUGCCGAAAAAAGCAUGUUGAGUAAAUUGAAACAGGAAUGUGGUGGUGGUUUCACAUCAAAGUUAGAAGGGAUGUUUAAAGAUAUGGAGUUGAGUAAAGAUAUAAAUGUGGCUUUUAAGCAACAUUUGAAUAUAAAUACGCUUGAUUUAAUACCUCUAGACAUGACUGUUAAUAUUUUGACAAUGGGAUAUUGGCCCACUUACACUCCCAUGGACGUAACUCUUCCACCACAAAUGGUCAAGUUUCAAGAUAUUUUUAAAGAGUUUUAUUUGAGUAAACACAACGGGAGGAAAUUACAGUGGCAACCAACUUUGGGUCAUUGUGUUCUCAAAGCGAGAUUUAAAGCAGGACAAAAGGAGUUAGUCGUUUCACUUUUUCAAACUUUAGUAAUACUCCUCUUUAACGAAUCUGAUGAACAUAGUUUUGAGUAUAUUAAGGCAGCUACUAAUAUCGAAGAUGGGGAAUUGAGAAGAACUUUACAGAGUUUAGCUUGUGGGAAAGCUAGAGUCUUGAAUAAAAUCCCGAAAGGGAGAGAAAUUGAAGAUAAUGACAAGUUUAAAUUUAAUAAUGACUUUGUAAAUAAACUUUUCCGUAUCAAGAUUAACCAAAUACAGAUGAAGGAGACCACUGAGGAACAGAAAGCAACUGAAGAACGUGUGUUCCAAGACCGGCAAUAUCAAAUCGAUGCAGCAAUUGUUAGAAUCAUGAAAAUGAGAAAGACUUUAAGCCACAAUUUGCUCAUUAGUGAACUUUUAGCACAGCUUAAGUUUCCUGUUAAGCCUUCUGAUUUGAAGAAACGCAUCGAAUCUCUCAUUGACAGAGAUUACAUGGAACGUGAUAAAGAUAAUUCCAACCAAUACAACUACGUGGCUUAAUUUCUUUUAUUAGUAUUAUUUUUAUUUAAUCUAUGUACUUUCAUGGUUUGCUGUUAUCUGAAUUUUAAAAUACAAUGGAGACAUUCAUUCUGUUCUAGUCCAGAGCUCCUGGCUUGUAAAUAACCAUCACUGAUUUCACAACUUCUUCUCAAGAAAGUAUAUUAAUAUUGCCUGAGUUUGUUAACAUUAUAUUAUUAGUUACAUGUGUUUAUAAAACACUUGUAAAUACAAGUUAAUUUGUUCGUUCUGUUUUAAAUUUUCAGUAUAUUGUAAAUACAUACAUGUAAAAAUUAUCUUAUAAUUUACAGUUAAGUCUCGGUUUAAAAUGUGAUUUUUUUCUUUUGUAAUUUAAAUAAAAAAUUACGUGGUU